ACACUGUGCUAGGCAUGUCUAUGUCAACUGGUCUAAAUCUUAUAGGGGAGAUGAAUUCAAACUCCAAUUCUGGAAGAUUGCAAAGUGCUACAAUUAGGCUGAUUAUGAAAAAGCACUUGCUGAGCUGAAUGAGAUCAAUGUUGAAGUAGCACUGGCUUUUAAAGCUUAUAACCCAGAAAACUUUUGCAGAGCAUUCCUUAGCACAGACAUUAAGACAGAUGCAAUAACCAGUAAUAUAGCUGAAACCUUCAAUGGCUAUAUUAUAAAUGCAAGAACCAAGCAUCUGCUGCACAUGCUUGAGGAAAUCAGAUCAAACCUGAUGCACAGAAUAGUUCAGAAAAAGCAACUGAUGGAGAAGUGUACAUCUGUUUUAUGCCCAAGGAUUCAGACAAAGCUGGAUCAUGAGAAGGAUAAAGAUGCCAUGUGUGAGGUGCUACCAUCAACAAUGCAACUAUUCAAUGUUACAUGUUUCACAGAUCAGGUUGUUGUGAAUCUGGAAACAAUGUCAUGUACUUGAAGAAAGUGGGAUAUGCUAGGCAUUCCCUGAAAGCAUGCAAUUGCUUGCAUUUUAUUUCUGAACAGAGAAGCUGAAGAGUUUGUGCACCAGUGUUACACAAAAGAAAGCUACAUGACAGCUUAUGCAGGCUUAAUUCCUCCUUUGGUUGGGGAAAGUUACUGGCCCAAGGUGACAUACCAAUUGCAGCCACCACCCAUCAAAAUUGGGCCAGGCAGACCUAGAAAGAAGAGGGUGAAGGACCCUUAUGAGAACCCAACGAAGCCUGGGGUGUUGACCAAAAAUGGUGUGGAAAUGACCUGUUCACUGUGUAAUGUGAAAGGUCACAACAAAAGAAAAUGUCCUGAAAAGGGCAAAGUUGUCCCACCUGAACCUGCAGCUAGGCCUAGGGGAAGACCAAGGUCUGAUGGACAGCAAUCAAACCAACACCAAACCUCUGGCCCUCAACAACCACAACAACAGACAGCUAAUCCACACCAUGGAGUGUCUGCCCAACCAACUCAGCUUGGGAAAGGAGGCAGAGCUAUAAGAAGAGGGAGAGGCUCCAAGGGGGGCCACUCAAUUGCUGGGAGAGGCUAGUCUCACCAAACUGG